CUAGCUUAUACCCAAACCACCUCGUAUACCCCGUGGCAGUCUGCGAUAUCCCGCCCCUCACGAUUUUCACUGCGACGGUCGUUCCAUCUACAAAGGGGUGGGCACAGUAGUCAAAGCUGGUCACUACGUGCGAGUGUUGCGAGGCGUCAAUUGGUAACAGGCAACCUCGGCGAAAGUGUGCUUUCGAUGGCGGGCAACGCUGGUAACCCAGUCGUUCCGAACCAACGGAGAGGUGUCUGGGAGCCCUUGCCGCUCAUAUUAUAUGGUUAUGCGGUCCACCCACUCUCACCCAACCGCCGGGACACGAAGCUGUCCAGCCGUACUCGGGCAUCGACGUUCACAAGCACGACCGACGCUUCCGGCGACGAACAUCUCGUGCACAGAGAUGUGGUCUCUUUGGAGGUGGGAGAUAGCGUAUAUGCUUUUGAGCAGUACACUCCGAAGGAUAAAGAGGUCGAGGGCAUCUGGUAUCGCGGAUACGUCGUGAGCACAUCUCGCCGACCCCAAGUCAACUGGGCGCUGGUCUCGGAUCCAUCAUGCUCCACGCAGAAGGCAGCAGCCCUGGCCGGCGAGCAGCAACAAGUAUUCAUUGGUACCUUUCCCGCCUCCCAUAUCUUCGUCAGGGAGCGGCUAUCGGACGAGGAAGGACAUCUGGCAGAGGUUGCGAACGAAUGGAGGGCGGGGUUGCCUGCUCAUCAGUCUGACGUCAAUUCCGUGUGGAAGGAGAAGGUCCUUGGCGGAUUUGCAACGCCUAGAGAAGACGACGGACUUUCGCUGAAAGAUGGAAUCUCGUUCAAGGACACCGUCUCGCGCAAGUCGUUCAAGCUGCCUCCACCGCCCGACCAGGCGAACUCAGCACGCGCCCGCGUGCCCGUAUACCCUGCCAGCCUGCGCUCGGCAUCGCCGACCGAGUCGCAGCUCAUGAAGCCGUUUCCACCACGGUUCUCGCUGAAAUCCGGCGACGACACCGCGUCGGGAGCCGACCAGCCCAUCAUUGACGAGAUCGCUUCUGCGCUACGCGAGUGGCACACACUCAUGUUCCAGUACCUCGCCCGGCGUGACUAUCAGCUAUUUCAGAUUGUGCGCGAACACAUUGAGGCUCUGCAUCUUGGUCGCCGGCAGCUGCUCGCUCAGACGCUGAGCUCGGAGGAGACGGCCAAUCUCAGAUGCGAAUGUGUGUGGCGGCUGGUGAGCGGGAACCUUGUCCAAGGGCUCGAUGUAAUCGUCCGGCACCCCACCGGAGGAGGUCUCGCCACUGUCGAUGUCGAAGGAGAGAUCGAUCCUCGCAGCUGGAUGAGCGCUAUUCGCAUGUAUGCUCUGCAAGUCUCCCUUGCGUAUGUCGACGUUUCUCCUCCGACCCAUCCGUACAAGUCGCGUCAACUCGGCUCCUCCAUGGACUACUCCGCAUCUGCCGCUUCGCAAGUGCAUAACACCUUUCUGGAGUACUCACGCAGUAGAAUCCAGUCCAGGAUGAUGGGCGUGUUCGGGUCCCCAAGCACCCCUCAGCCUGCGAAGGCGAAAUUCUAUAACAUCUUUCUUGACCUUCGCGCAUUUAUUGCGUCCCCCUGCUCACCCGGCGAAACUGCGGAGCUAUUUUUCUCGCUGUUCAACAAAACGCAAGCGCGCUUCAUCUCAGAGGAAUUCUGUGCUAUCCUUAACCACAACGGGGUUCUGGCCCGUGAUCCUUCUGCACGUAUCCGCACUCUCUUUACAGACGUAUUGCAGUCCGAUGCUCAAGAACCUGUCUUUCUCGUGUGCAAGAUAGUAAGGAAUGGGUCUAUGAAAAAGGGCAAUGCGGGGUCAAUUCGCGAGAAUGGAAGGAGAGCAUCUGAAGCCUCCAUUGGAACCAGUAAUAAUGGGAGCGGUCACAUAUACGGGCACGCAGCUGCGGCCAGUGAGGUAAUUGGCAACUCCAAUACUGACACAACUGCGCACUUCAGGAGACCCUUUGGCUGCGCCAUCCUUGAGCUUACCCAACUCGCCACCAUGGCAGCUGAACAAACCCAGGUGUCUUCAACACGCGAGCAUUAUAUGCCAAUCUAUACCCCGAAGAAUGAGUCUACGUUCUCCAUGCUCCAUGUGGACAUCAUCAACGGCAACACAAAGGAGUAUGAGAAGUCAGGCAGCGCGGAUACGAUGGCAGUCUCCAUCAAGUUAUUCUAUGGAUCCGCGGAGACAGUCGUUCGGGAGAACACGUCGCUUCUGCAGGACAUACCGCUCAGUCUGCGCCUGGGAUUUCCUGAUGUCGUCUUCCCGGGGGACGUCCGUAACGAGCUGUAUGUCAAGCUGUGGAGUGGAGACUUCUCGCCAUCACAAACGAUGAUGGCGCGCCGUAGCAUCACGAACUUUCCUUGGGGCCAAGCUGGUAGCAUCGGCGGCAAUGUGCAAGUGACGGUCGAGGUCAAGAACCAGCACGGGAGGACGAUCGAGCGCGUCAUCUCGUAUUGUAGCGGCGAGCCCGAAGUAACGCAAUUCAACUCGAUGGUAUUCCAACGCACGAACCAGCCCACGUUUAACGAACUCAUCAAGUUGGAAUUGCCGUUCGAGGGUUCACACCAAUGGCACCUCUUCUUCACCUUCCGCCACCGCAGCACGAGGGAACGUUCCAGCAGCAGAAACUCUGAGAUGCAAGAACGGCCCUUUGCAUUCGCGUUUCUGCCUCUCUUUCCUGACGGACGAGCGUUCCUUGAGGAUGGUGAACACACCUUGGUCCUCUAUAAUGCCGAGAAACUCACUCAAGUUGACACUGAUCUGUACCUCGCUGCAACGCCGUGGCUGCCUGCAAACCAGCGACCCGAACAGGUCUAUGUACCUGUCGAACUGCAAAAGCUGGCUCCACCAAUGCGGGACUGUCUUAUCCUACGCACUUCGCUGUGCUCUACAAAGUUCACGCAGAAUUCGGUGCUGCUUAGUUUGCUCAACUGGGAGAAGCUCGCGGACAAGGAAGUUCUCAAGACUGUCCUGACCAAGUUCACCUUCGUGGGCGAGGUUGAGAUUGUGAAGUUCCUGCGCGACAUCUUUGACUCGCUAUUCGCCAUCCUGGCAUCCAACAACAAUGAAGAGGGAGAGAUGGAUGAUCUAGUUUUUAGCGCUUUGGUAGUGGUGCUUGGGAUCAUCCAAGAUCGUCGAUUUAGCAAUUUUCAGCCUGUUCUCGACGUAUACAUCGCGGAGCACUUCAGAUGUGCCGCCGCAGCUUCCCAUAUUAUUUCUUCCAUGAACCGUCUCCUGCAAAACCCAACAGCCAGUGAGACUGCUUCAGCGCUGCGAUCGAGCCUCAAGGUCUGGCACUACAUCGUCAAGUUCAUUGUCAGAUCGCGGGAGUUACAGAAGGCCAAGAAGCUUGGAAUGGGUGGCGGAGCGACUGCUGAUCACCUAGAAGCGACGUUCAAGCGGGAACUACGGUCCUAUCUAGCAGAAGUCAAUAGCAUGAUGUCCACGACGACACCUGCCUCCAUCAUUGGGACGCAGACGAUAGCGUUACAACACUUUACUUCAAUCCUGCAGGAGUUGGACAAGGUGUUUAGCCAUGAAGAGCUUGUCAAUAUUGCCGCGACCUUUGCGAACUCUAUUAAGACUACCAAGGGGAAGCUCGUCAUAUGGAAGCUAGUGAUGCACCUGCAGAUAGUCAAGGGAUUCCUCUUCGAUGACUUGCAUUCUCGCACAUUGCUGAUCGAGAGUGUCGCCGACUGGUUACAACCACACUUCGGUCGCUUUGACGAGUACGCUCAGACGCAACCUGGAGAUUCCGAGAGCGCUCGAGAUGCUGCGCGCGUUGCUUGGCUAGAGAGUAUCAGAUUGUCUGUGAGCGUAAUAGCGAUCAUGCUGGAUAAAUGUCUGCAAAGUCUCGUGAACCCCGCCAUUGUGGCCGACCGCAAUCUGCUCAAGGCUGAGCAAGAUAACAUCGAAUUUCUCCUGCAUUUGUUCCCCAAACUACUCAAUUCAUACUCGGAGUUCAAGCACCCCGCUUCCCAGAGAGCAAUCGAGCGCAAUCGUUCGUCAAGCCCGGUCUCAUCCACAUACCCUAUCACAUUUCCAGAGUCAUACCCAUUUGCAUUGGCCGCUCAGCUUUCAAAGAGUGCUUCCGCAGUUUCAGGCUCCUUCGACUCCAGACCCGACUUCAACCCGGGCUUGGGCGAGACGGCCAUUGUACUGCUAUCCUUAAUACUUGCAGCGCCGAAGAAGCACCUGAUCAGUUUCUUCCAGUCCUUCCUGGAUAUUGAAGGCAGUGAUAAUUUCGCGGCGAUGCUCAUGCAAACGUUCAAAGUUGCUGCUUCCAUUCUGAACAAUGAUGCAUUCCCGUCCAACUGGCUGAACGUCAACAUCCUCGCUCACAGGAUGUUGCUCAAGCUGAUGGAUCCGAUCGUAAACUUGAUGGAACGCGAAUUCAUUCCCAACCAAGAAUCGCGACGCGAGUUCAACUCAAAUAUUUGGCGAGAGGCGUUUUAUGUCGUUCUUAAGUUGCUUUCGUCCGAACAUUUGGUCAUAGAGGAAUUCAUCCCGCAGAAACGUCGGACGGUUUGGCGUCUUGCUGGAGACAUACGAGGAGAAGGAGCAGCUCUCCUAUUACGGAUGUGGGAUGCCCUUGGAUGGUCUGAAGAACUAGCGAAUGGAGGCACGAUGAAGGUGCACGAGAACUACGAAGCUGCGCUCAAUCCAUUAGUCGGUCACGUUGUGAACCUGUGUCUGAGCCACCACGAUCAGCUGCAGUUCAAUGCAGUACAUAUCCUCUACUGUAUGAUCAUCUCCGAGUAUCACGUCUCAGGCAAUUUCAACCACAUCGAGCAUGAACUGGUCAGCAAGUUGGAUACCUUGUUCAUGUCCGACAGCAAAGGCGAUGAUAUCUCCCGUGCAUUCUUCAUUGGAUACCUUCGUCGUCUCUUUGAGGAAUCAGACGUAGAUGAGCAAUUACGUGCCCUUGUCGAUACCUUCUUGCAAGAGGUCAAUAUGUUUUUGGAUCUCUUGCUCAGUGUUCGUGCACUUCCUGAAGGAGAAGAGUUCGCAGAUGAUCGAGUGAUUGCAACGCUUCGUCUGAUGAACUUCAUCCGGCGGAUCGGCCGAGAUGAGAUAUACAUCAAAUAUGUGCAUCAGCUGGUCAAUAUGCAUCUCCAAGCCCAGAACUAUGUGGAAGCUGCCCUCACUUUGAAGCUCCAUGCAGACCUACAUGACUGGGAUCUUAACAGCUUCGCCCCACCUAUGGAAGACCUUGGUCUUCCGCAGCAGUCACAUUUCCACCGAAAGGAAACAUUGUACCUGUUGAUCCUGGAUUAUCUUGGUAAGGGUAAAGCGUGGGAGAGCGCCAUCGAGAUCUGCAAGGAAUUGGCAGUGCAGCAUGCCGAGGUGACGUUCAACUACGCUCGGCUUGCAGAGAUUCUGCGUCAUAAAGCUGCCCUACUGGAACGUAUCGUCACCGACCAGCGCUAUUAUUCCGAUUACUUCAGAGUGGCUUUCUAUGGCAGCUUCCCUGCCGCUAUCCGCAACAAACAGUUCAUAUAUCGCGGAUAUGAAUGGGAAAAAUUUGGUGCUUUCUGCGAACGAAUGCUGAACAAGCAUCCCGGUGUCCAGCUUCUAAAGCCCAUGGGGGAUCCACCAGUUGAUAUUCGCUUCGGGACCGACCAGUACAUCCAAUGCACUGCUGUCACUCCCGAGCCCGAACGCGAUUUGCCCAUCUUCACUAAUCCAGACGUGUCCCCUCAAAUCCGGGCAUAUUACGAGCACAGUGCGAUUAAGCUAUUCAGCUACUCAAGGCCAGUGACAAGAAUCUCGCCUGACGGUUCGGAAGAGGUAUGGAUUGAGAAAACGUAUCUCACCACUGAGGAGGCAUUUCCCACCGUUCUCCGUCGUUCUGAAGUGGUUGACACGCAAAUGGUACAAAUCUCACCUGUACAAAGUGCCAUUCAAGAGGUGGAAGAAAAAACGCGCGAGUUGACCGGACUGAACUUGAGAUACUCUAUUCUCGCCAAGACAUCGCAGGCUGUUCCAACCAAUGCUCUAGCUAUGAACCUCAACGCCGCCGUCGACGCGCCAGCGGGUAGUGGCAUUGGGGCAUUCCGACAGGCAUACUUGAACGAAGAGUAUAUCUCAAAACAUCCUGAUAGGGCAGAAGAAAUAGAGAAUUUGCGUAAUGUCAUUGAUGAUCAGGCCCGCGUCAUUGAUAGCUGUCUACGACUGCAUGGACAACUGUGUCCUCCAGAGAUGAUGUCCUUCCACGGAACACUCGAGAAAUUCUUCCGCAAGAAUUUCCAAGAGGAGAUUCAACGAUUGGCAAUGGACUCUGGUCGGUCAUCGCGCGAUCUGCUGACACCUUCUCCGUCGGCGUCGCGGCCAUUGGCUCAAUCUCAACGUCAAAUGCGGCCUCAACUUGGACUUGUGCCCGUCCAAGUGCAUGCGGCCAUUUCCCCGGCUCUCUCUCCACUGUCCAACAGCUCAAACCCAGAUAUCGGCCAAUCUGCGGAAAUGUCAUCCAAACAGACACCACUGCAAAGACAUCUGGCACACUUGGCUCGACACGGAUUUAAUGGUGUAUCAGCUGGGCCUGGAGAUGUUGGCAGUGACAGUAUUUCGGAAGAAUCUCCGAGAGAUUCGUAUCUGAACAAUGGAACGCUCAUCACGACACUCUCAGGCGCAGCAUCAGUGACGGGAUCAAAUAUAGGCAGUAUCGGGUCUAUUAGGGGACGUCUAUCUAAAUUCUCCAGCCUGAACUUCGCGCGACGGGACAUGUAGUGGAUACAGUAUAUCUCAUAAUUCUUCACCCUUGGUCUACGUCAUCUGCGUAUCCAUCUAUGCUGUCGAUAUUCUCGGUUGUCUAGCUCUUGGUUGGACCUGUGUAAACUGCAGCAGCUAUCGUAAUUGUUGUGCACCGUAGUUAUCUUUAUCGUACGCAUUUACUUUGAACCUCUUUUGAGUAGUGAUUGAAUAUGCAUAGGAAAGAAGUCGAGCGUGCAGAGCUGCGCCGCAAGCAGCAACGUUUACAUCGUCCGGUGGAUGAAUCAGUUGGAUGAGAC